AUGGCGGCAAAGGCGGCAGCUGAUGCUCAGGCACCCGUCAUGCCUGCUCGUUCAGCUGCGCGGCCCAGUUCAGGCAUCAGACGGACUAGUGCAUCUGCACAGGGCGAGGCUGCGCCAGCUGCUAGCACGCCUCCCCGAGCCACACCGUCGCGACAAAGCAGCUUCAACGGCCCCGGCACAAAGCCAAGCCUAUCGCCCAAUGCUACCGCAACGACAAGCUCGCCAGGAGCGCAGAGAACGGCUGCCAAUCUUGCUGCACGCAAGCUGAAUGGCGUUACCGCGAUCAGCAAUGCCGCUCCCUCACCGACACGAACGAGUACGCGCGCGCCGUCGAGCCCCGUCAAGCGAAAGCCGCCCCCUGCCGCAGACGUAGAACAGGUGCCGAGCCUGCAGCCGCAGGAGUCUGCCAGCGAGAUAGAGCCAGCCCUUUCCCACAGAUCGUCAGCGCAGUCAUUUGCAUCUGCCACGCAGCAGACAGCAGAUAAUGUCGUGUCGCAUGUAGAUGACGAUGACCAGGCCAACGAUGAGUACUCGAGACUCGACAGAGCCUCUCUGCUCGAAUCGGUCCGUCGUCAUUCGAAGGUUGCCGAAGAGACUCUCAACGAACUCGAGCAAGCUAAGCAGCGAAUACAAGAGCACUCUGAUCAGCUCGAUGAACUGCGCCAACAGCUGACACAGCAAUCACAGAGGACGGAUGACUCACUUGCGCAAGCCGAGCGUCUCGAAGCGGAGCUCUCUGCCCAACUAGAGGCCAACACUGCUCUGAUCUCCAAGCUAGAAGCAGCAGAGAAGCAGCGUCAGGGCCUACAUAAAGCCGUCGAAUCACAGCAGCUCGAGUUGCAGGCGGAGAGAGAGCAGUGGACGGCCGAAAAGUCUACGUUGGCAGCGGAGAUCGCGCGCUUCGAGACAGAAAUUGUCCAGCUGCAAAUACGUCUGAAGCAGGCAGAAACCUCCUUGGCCGAGUCGACGGUCCAAUCGGAUUGUAAAGGCCUCAAGACCCCUACGUUGACAACAGGACCUGGCCAAAGCGGCGAAGACUCGCCCAGCUUGCGCCGAGAGGCGCUGAACCAGCUGGCGAGCCUUCAGUCACAGCACGAUGUUCUGCAAGAGAAGCAUUCGGCUUCCAUCGCCGAGCAUGAACACACCUUGGCCGAGCUGGACGAGAUCAGACGUCUGAACGCGAAUCUUAUGCAAGAGAACGAGUCGUAUGAAGUCUUGCUAAGGGAACGCACGAUGACUGGCGAGAUCUUGCAACAGCCUGUCUUUACCCGAGAUUGGGACUCUAUGUCGACGCCUCGCUCGAGCGUGUCCUCACCUACCACUGAUCGUCGGCUGUCGGAUUCAAGCUUGCAAGGCCAGAGUGCCGUAGAUCUCGGCGCAGAACUCAGCAAAGCCACUUUCUUGGAGCCGUCCCGAACGGCGCAGUCCCGCCUGCGAGUCGUCAGUGACGCCAGCGAAGCCAAUGCAGAGACCGACGCAGCCCGUGCAGAGAUAAGACAGCUGAAAGAGGCGAACAAAGCGCUGUCGCUAUAUGUGAACAAGAUUGUCGAACGCAUUAUCGCUCACGAAGGAUUCGAGAAGGUGCUAGCUGCAGACUAUAGUCCUGCACUCUCGAGAGCCCCGUCGCAGCGCCGUACGCCUGUGACCGAUGGCAAGGCUGCCAUUUUCACGCGUCAGCAAGCCACCGCGACCGGAUCUGUACUUCCACGCAGUCCUAAUGUCGAAAGGACACGACGUGAAGCCAAUGCGCUGCGCAGUCAAGCAGGGAACAGCCCCCCUCUGCCGAUGCUGCCGCCUCCUACGCCGUCCGAGACAAGAGCCGCAAAGGGAAUGUCUCUCGACUGGCGCUCUUUGACGAGCAUCAUGGGCGGUAGCGACAGCAAGACCAAACAGCAAGUCACAUCGCCUCCCGCUGGUUUUAGGCCCAUGCUGCUCGGCGCAGCUGCUUCAUCUUCUCUCGCGUCUACCCCGAUUCCCGAAGCUUCAGUCUUACAGAGAACCGGUCCAGAGGAAGAAGACGAAGAGGAUCAGCGAGAGCGCGAGCGUCUGGAAGCAGAGAUGCGUUUGAUGGGCAUAGAAGAGCACGGCAGUCCAAUACUGCAUACAGCAAGCAAAGAGCCCUCUAUCUCUUCUGUCGUCGAUAUUGGCAGCCGCGGUCAUCAUCGUCGCAAAUCGUCAGCCCAAAUCGCGUCGCCGAUGUCAAUCGAUGCGCAGCGACAAGCCAAUGAGGCCAUGCAGCCUCGCUUCAGUCAUCACUCAUCCGCGAGCGGGUCGAUCAGCGGAUCAUCGCAAACACGUCUUAGCGGGCUCGGCAUUGCGCCUGCCAUUUCGCCGCAGCCUGGCGCUACUGCGGCGGAUGCUGGUGACAUCUCUGCAGCCUUCUCGCAGGCUACAACGCCAGGCUCUACAACCUCUAGUCUGCCAACAGAGAGCGCAGAUACCUCGAUAUCUGACUCGGGAUCCUUGCCCACUUUCUUGUCAGCAGCUGCCGACGAUAGCGGUUCUGCUCAGCAGGCGCCCAUAUUGAGACCGAAGAGCUCGAAGCGAAUGAGCUUCCUCUGGGGCGGAACUUGA